CCGACCCAGCCAGGAUGGACUCCCUAACCCCCGACGCCAAGCAGAUCUUCAUCUUAUCCGGCCAGAGCAACAUGGCCGGCCGCGGCGGCGUCUUCAGGGACCACCACCACCACAAUCGCGAGCAAUGGGACGGCGUCGUUCCGUCGGAGUGCCAGCCCCACCCUUCCAUCCACCGCCUCGACGCACAUCUCCGGUGGGUGCCCGCGCGUGAGCCGCUACACGCCGACAUUGACGCCAAGAAGGUUUGCGGCGUGGGCCCGGGGAUGGCGUUCGCGAACAAGGUGAGGGAGUGUGCGGGGGAGGUGGGGCUCGUGCCGUGCGCGGUGGGCGGGACGGCGAUCAAGGAGUGGGCGCGUGGGGAGCACUUGUACGAGAGUAUGGUGAAGCGGGCGAGGGAGAGCGUGAAAGGCGGGGGUGAGAUGAAGGCGUUGUUGUGGUACCAAGGGGAGAGUGACACGUCGACGCAGCAUGAUGCGGAUGCGUACCAGGGGAACAUGGUGAAGUUAAUUGAGAAUGUGCGCCAGGAUCUUGAUUUGCCUUGGCUUCCAAUUAUCCAGGUAGCUAUUGUGUCCGGGGACAACAAGUAUAUAGAGAAAGUGAGGGAGGCCCAGUUGGGAAUGGAAAUCCCAAACGUCGUGUGCGUGGAUGCCAAGGGAUUGGAGCUCAAAGAUGAUCAUCUGCACCUCACCACCAAAUCCCAGGUUCAGUUGGGUCAAAUGUUGGCUGAUGCAUACCUCCAGCAUUUUGGACCCUCAGAACCCAAUUCUCAUGCUGCCCCUUGAAGUACGCUAUCUAAUUUCACGUUGCUACUUCUUUUAAGGUGCGUUUGGACCAAGAACUUUAAACCUAAUUAUUGGUACGGUGUUUGUUGUUGUAUGACUAAUGACUACGACUUUGGUGGGAUUGUGUUUUCA